AUGGCGCAAAAUUCACGGAGGGUUCUUAACGACUUAACCAACACCCUGGGCUACCAGGAUGAAUCCUCAUUCAAGUUUUGCGCAACACGAGCGCCGUUCGAGGGCCUCAAGGAGCCGCCAGCUGAGAAGUUUAGGGAGGCAAAACGCAGAGGAGGCUCACAGAAUCAUCCUGGUCGACCCUUCAGAUGGCAAGCUGCAGAAGAGAGGACAUACCAAGCGGAGAAUCACGCGGCUUUCUUUCCAGGGAAGUAUGUCAUGCUGGAGGAGGACGCGGCAGGCAGCCUGGGCUACCUGGGCGGUGGCGGCGGCGUGAAAGUGCGGGUCAAGCAAAUCCGCGGCAAUGACGUCUACGUCGGGUUCAUGGAUGGCAAGGAAGCGUGGGUGGCGUCACAGGAGCUUUUUCCAGCAGAGGAUCCUCGCGCCUCAGAUAGAGCAGAGAUCUUCGCUCCUUACCGAAAGGUGAACAGCUAUGAGAGCGAGCUGUCUGACGGACAGGCUCCAGCCAUGGACAUUCCAAAAGCUGUCCACUUGAACGCUGAUGAG